CACCGCAUCGGCAGGUGCUACGCAUGAGUUUGCAUGUGUUUGUCCAGGUCCAUCCCUGACUGCGCCAGAUGGGCGUUACCACGUGGACAUUUGUGAUGGAAGGCCGUUGGUCGAUGAGCUUGGGCAAGCCACUUGGUGCGCUCGCUUGGGCGAAUGCUUGGAGUGCCCUGAAGGAAUGAUUUGCAAAGGCUCUCGGGAUCUGAAACUAAUCUUGGAUGCCAACACCCGAGCAGAAGCCCUGCAACGCGUCGAAGCCUUUUGUUCCUCCUAUGCGUUCGCAGACACGGCACUUUGCACCUCACGGGUCUUCUGUGAAGCAAAUCUGGAUGAUGUCGAUUGUGAACACGCAUCACCGGAGCUCAAAGCGGGCUUUUGGUCUCAUUCCUCGGAGCCUCUCUCCGUGUUCAAAUGUAAAAACGAGCUGCAGUGCAUCGGUGGAGAGCCCACCGGAUCGAUCUGCGCCCAAGGCCGUGGAGGAACCAGCUGUGGAUUCUGUUUGCCUGGCCACUUCCCUGACAGCCUGGGUCGCUGCAGCCCGUGCGCUGGCUCGGACGUGAUCCCUGGAGCCUUCGCCUUGGUGGCCUUUUUGUUGGCGAUCAUCGUCUUGGGAUGGCGCAUGGGGCAGAAACUCACCAAGAGUUCGAAGCAGGUCAUCUCCGCAAUGAUCAUUGGAACACAAACCGGAGUGAUGAUUCAGACCUUGGGGGUCUUUUCCGAUCUCUCUUUGGUUUGGGAGGAGCCCGUCCGAUCCGUUCUGCAGCUCAUGCAACUCGUGAACUUUGACUUCGACAUUGUGAAGAUGCAGUGCUAUGUUGGGACGGAUGAUCCCCUGUUGAAUCUCUUGACUCUGAUCUUGGUGAUCCCUCUCCUGGCCGCUGGUGGGGCGCUCUUGGCCGCUUUGCUGGCUCGUUGGAAGGGACAACACUUCAGCUGGCCAAAGUACCUUAAUGUCAUUGGCUUGGUCUUCUUGGUUCUUUAUUUGAGCCUUUGCAUGUCUCUAACGCGGCCCAUUCAUUGCAAGAGCAAUCCCAACGGUUUGCAGACCAUGGUCUCUAGCCCUGCAGUGCAAUGCUGGGUGCCAGGCCCACAUGUUGCUAUGGCUAUCCUUUCUAUUGGAGGCCUGUUGCUUUAUGGCGCCGGCUUCGUCGCCUAUGUCGCCCAUAUUACAUGGCGCUAUCCCAUCUUGGUGAACGAUGGGCAUGGGAUGAAGCUCCUUGUGCAAUACCGGUUCCUUUUCAAUCGGUUCAAGGAUCAUGGCUACUAUUGGGGCUUGUACUUCAUUGUGCAGAAGGUGUUGAUUGCCUUGGUGCCGAUCCUGUUUCCAGACUCAGCAGCAAUUCAGAUUCUUCUUUUGGCAGGCUUCAUCCUACUGUACUUGCUGGCUGUGACUUACGUACAACCUUGGGUGACUGAUCUGGCAAAUUUUGGGGAUUGCUUUCUAAGCGCAGGACUCAUGUUCUUCCUAUUGAUUGCAUCCUUUCUGGUUGAUGGCAAUGACACGCGAACUCGAACUGUCAUCGGAAUCAUCUUGAUGUUCCUGGUCUUGACCAUCGCCACGGUCUUGGGUCUUUUGGUUCUUCGUGCCUUGUACAAGAAGUUCUUUCCCGGAAAGAUGUAUGACAUGUUCCUCUGCCAUCACAAAGCUGGCGCGGGGGUGCUGUGCCGCUGGCUCAAGUCCGAGUUGCUUCGACAGACCAAUGGACAUGUGAAGGUCUUCUUGGACUCAGAUGAACUUGAGGGCUUGGCGGACAUCGGAGACCUCGUUAAGAGCCAGUCGGAGACUUUGGUGAUUGUAGCCAGUAAGCUGAUCUUGACGCGGCCCUGGUGUGCAGUAGAGAUUUGCUCCGGUGUGGCCAACAAGGUUAAGAUUGUGGUGCUGAAGUGCUCGGAUUUCUCCUUCUACGAUGACGCUGGUUUUCGGACCUUAAGAGAAGGGUGGAGCAGUUCAGAUCUUCUGAUCUUCGCGCAGAAUUCCAUCGAUCCAAGCAUCAUUGAAGAGAGCUACCAAGUCUUGCCGAGCAAACCUGUGGUGGACUUCAACGCUUUUGCGCCCGAGGACGGGCAGACCGCCGCGGUGGCCGAGCUGCUGCCGCAUGCGGCGUCCCUGCGCAGCUCGCAUCGCGCGAGCUUGAGGAGCAACGGAUCGGACGAGCUUAACGCGCAGAUUCUGAUCUUGGGCAGCACCGCCAGCUCCGAGGGGCGCAUGACCUGUCAGGUGCUGAAAAGCAUGGUCAUGGAGCGUUUGCACAGGCCCAUCGUGUUCGUAAGUGCAGUCAGUGAGGCUGCAGAAGCGGCCGGAAGUGCCAAGUACAUCCUGGUGGUUCUUACACGCGGCUUAUUUCAAGACGAACUUUUCUUGAAGAUGUUGGAAACCGUUGAUCAAGUUGAUCCUCCUUUGGAGAUCGUCUCAGCUCUGGCAGAUCAAUUUUUUGAGUUUCCAUCCGCCACCUUCUUCAGUGAAUUGGAAAAGAGCAAUGGCGUGGCCAUGGUCCAAUCGGUGAAACGCGUGGUGAACAUUUUGGCUCUGCCUUUUUCUGCACAGACCUCCAUCAAAGUCAUGUCUGCUCAGGUGGAUGAGUUGACACGAAGAUUCAAAUUCGUCGAGAUGUCCUCAAGCUUGUCCUUCGGUUACCGUGACCAUUUCGCACGCAUGAUAUCACCGGGCGCCGUCAGCACAGAGGCCGCUGUUUUGGACAGCCCAGGAGCUGCCGUGCUGGGCGAUGGCAAUGAGAAGGAGUUUGAGAGCGGCAAGAAGGAUGAAGUGGAUACAAGCGUUUACAGCAAUGAAUUGUGAGCUUUUGCAUGCUUGGUUUUGAAGUGAAUUGAAGAUGCAAUGUCAAUUAUUUUGCGCAGGUUGUUUUGGCGGUAUGGGUGGGACGAUCACCCAUCAAUGUCCAACUGACAGUUCCAGAGACUUUUUGCACCAAUGGAUCGAUUUAAUGACUGGUGCGCUUCGGCGUCUAAGAUGCCGACUUGGUGGUACAAAAAAUGUGAUAAUUUAAUUUUUGAACAGUAGAGCCAACCAGCUUGGCCUUGCUUUUCAAGGUUCGCUUCUCCGAGGCCAGGAUUGAUUCCGUUGAUAAACCAAGAAAAAAGAGAAGGCUUUGGUAUCCGGCCCAAACAAAUUAGGUUGAUAAGCAUGAUGGCAAACGGAAGCCGAUAUUGGAGCCCUUGAUUUAAAAAAA